GCGUGCAGCCAAUCCGCGCCAGCCCUGCCAGUUAACAGAGCAGAAUGGGCUGUAGUUUAGUGUAACAGGAAAGCUGCAAAACAGUGUGGAGUGCUCUCGGUGCAACAUUAAAAAAGAGAGAGGAAAACAAGAAAGGGGAAGACGGAGAAGGGCGAGUUUUUGGGUGGUGCUUUUUUUUUUUUAAAGCAACCCAAACCUCAAAGUUUCCUAACUCUCAACGUGCUCGCUUGCCGGCGCUGGGGUUCGCGCCCUGCAAAAGGGGAGCCCCCUGGACUUUUCCCGGGCUGCGGUAACACGCCGCGACUAUUGUUUGCGGGUCUCCCCUCCCCCCCCUCCCCGAAAUAUGGCAAAGGUUCAGGUGAACAACGUCGUGGUGCUGGACAACCCUUCUCCUUUCUACAACCCUUUCCAGUUCGAGAUCACCUUCGAGUGCAUCGAGGACUUAUCCGAAGAUUUGGAAUGGAAAAUUAUCUACGUGGGCUCCGCAGAAAGCGAGGAGUACGAUCAAGUUCUAGAUUCAGUUUUGGUGGGUCCUGUUCCUGCAGGAAGACACAUGUUUGUAUUUCAGGCAGAUGCUCCUAAUCCAGGACUAAUUCCUGAUGCAGAUGCUGUAGGAGUCACAGUUGUGUUAAUCACCUGCACCUAUAGAGGUCAAGAAUUUAUUAGAGUUGGCUAUUAUGUGAACAAUGAAUAUACUGAAACAGAAUUGAGAGAAAAUCCUCCGGUAAAGCCAGAUUUUUCUAAGCUCCAGAGGAAUAUUUUGGCAUCUAACCCCAGGGUCACAAGAUUCCACAUUAAUUGGGAGGACAACACUGAAAAACUGACAGAUGCAGAGAGCAGCAACCCAAACCUUCAGUCACUCCUUUCUACAGAUGCACUGCCUUCUGCUUCAAAAGGAUGGUCAACAUCAGAAAAUUCACUAAAUGUUAUGUUAGAAUCUCAUAUGGACUGCAUGUGACCCAACUUACCUUUCAGCGCUAUGUAUGUGUUAGGAUGUAGACAGACAGCACAGACACACACACACAGACACACAGACACACACACACCAUCACCAGAAACAAUUUCCCGGGAAUUGCAUAUUCAACAUGUGAAUAAUUUGUUUUAAAAUCCCCACAUUCUGUAGAAAGUUUAUAAGGAAAAAGUAUUUGAGUGGAUGUAUAAAUAAAAAUUAUUUUUAAGUAA